UUAUGAAAGGAAAGUGAGAUGAUUUUAUUGAAGUGAAUUUGAAUGAGACACGAAAUGGGUAACUGAAAGAGUAUAUACGGCCCUGAGUAUUUUACGCAGGUUUCAAAAUGGCCGUCGCUUUGUAGCUUUUCUUUGGAAAUCAAAGUCAAUAAUUUAGUUGUCAAGAAAGAACUACCAAUUGAUUAUGAAUUAAACAUUCGAAUGAGCUGAUAUCAAUGGAAUGACCCUAUUCAGACGACAAAAUACAAUAGUCGAUGUGUAGAUGAGUUGGCGCCGAAUAUAAUGAAUUUACGCCUCCUCGUGGCUGAAAAUUGGUUGCCAUAAACACACUGCGUGCCUGGUUGUCGGACUGACCACAUAGGAUUGAAUUAUUUGUACAGAUAGUUUGUAAUUGUAAAGUGGUCUACCGGAUAAUCCCAAGUGUAUAAAUAUCACCAAAAAAAUGCUCUAUUUGGAAGACUAUGUUGAAAUGAUCGAGCAUCUCCCUCAGGAGCUCAGGGAUCGAUUUACGGAAAUGAGGGAAAUGGAUUUAGGUGUACAGAAUUCCAUGGACAGUUUAGAAAAAAAAGUCAAGACUUUUUUUUCAAACGCCAAGAAGAUGAAGCCCCUUGACAAAGAAGCUGAAUAUGAGAAUAUUCGUAAGGAGUAUUAUAAAACCCUGGAGGAUGCUGACGAAAAGGUUCAUCUCGCCAAUCAAAUGUAUGAUUUAGUGGACAGAUAUCUCCGACGUCUCGAUCAAGAACUCCACAAAUUCAAGAUGGAAUUAGAGGCAGAUAAUAAAGGUAUAACUGAAGUGCUGGAGAAGCGUUCCCUGGAGUUGGAUCAGCCUCCCACGAAUAGCAGUCAAAAGGAGAAUCGCUACAGUUUUCCAUCGAGUAGAUCUCGAGACCAUCAUAGUCAUUCUCGUUCCGAAAAAAGAAGAGAUUCCAACGCGUCUUCUGCCUCUGUGGAGAAGCGUCUGGCGGUGGAGAAGGUGCCCACAAAUCUCCCUGAAUCUAGGCCAGCAUCGGCCAACUCAGGUCCUCUGAUUUCCAACAAUUCCACAAGUUUACCAGCAACACCAACCGCCAUUGGUAAUUCUGUUGGCCCUGUUAGCUACAAUCUUGGCCACAUUGGUGCCGGUGGUAAUGCAAUAGCAGCCGCUGCAUCUCAAGCAAUAGCUGCCACCCAACAAAUGCAACAGGGUCGUCGUACAGCCAGCCUAAAGGCCAGUUAUGAGGCUAUUAAUACUGGUGGUGGCGUUCAUGCCACUGAGUUCAGUCGGGAAUUGGCUGGUGCUGCUCAAACAGCUAUUGCAGCAAUUCACGAAUCAACGAAGAAACAUAAAAAAAAAGUAACAACUGCCGUACCAAGCUCGAGUGUUGUAACUCCGGCAGUUCAACCACCGGUAUCACCACCGGUUACUACAACCACAACCGCGGUUAUUGAUCCUGAUAAUCCGGACUGGACAUAUGAUCCUAAUGAGCCACGUUACUGUGUUUGUAAUCAAGUGUCUUAUGGAGACAUGGUUGCAUGUGAUAAUUCUGAUUGUCCCUUCGAGUGGUUCCAUUACCCGUGUGUGGGUAUCGCCGCGCCACCAAAAGGUAAAUGGUACUGUCCUCAGUGUACGUCUUCCAUGAAAAGACGAGGUGGACGGAAAAAUUGAUCGCUACGACUCAUUGUUCACUGUCUUUUUUAUUAUUUCAACCAUUUUUGACUGAGUUAUUAUGUGUAAAUAUACAGGAACAUUAUGCAAUGUCAAUUUACGUUGUUUUUAUGGAGAAGUUUUAUUUUUUAUUGCUGGGCGUGUGAAGGCUUUUAAAGCGAGGUAACGCACAAUAUAUUGUUUCGAUAUGUAUCGUCAGAUAUAAGGGCACAAUACAUUAGAGAGUAACGUAGCUUGACUUCAAAUCUACUAUGAUCUAUUGUAGCAGUCGCUUGAUCAAUUAGAUCGUAAAUCAUGUCAGUAAACCCCGAGGAACGUUUCUUGAACUUUCAUAUGUAUUUACUUCUUCUAUUUCAUGUGGAAAAUAUUUAACGAAUUAUUGAUAUGAAAUUUCCAUAUUUAUUUUUUUUUGUGGCAAAUUAUUUAAUUUCUGAAAUGUAGAACGAAAAUAAAAUUAUCCUGUCACUGUGGCAAUAAAAAUUGA